CCCGAAUGCAAAUGACCAUGUGAAAACGACGAAAGCACUUGGUUUGUUCCUGUUUUAAUGUAUAAACUUUAAGUGACGCAUUCCACAGUUUUAUGGCCAUGUGAUCAGAGUACUUUAGAAAAUUGACGGCUACAAGUUGCAAGGAUCAUUGUUGAUUGUGUGGUCAAAAGAUUAAGUGUUGACCGCAGGGAUAUAUAACACACAGCAAUCUGACCCAGACCUAACCAGCACACCUCACAGGUGCAAAAAUAUAAAAUGAAGUACUGCAAAGAUUUGAAUUUCACGGAGCUGUGGGUGAAUGAAGGCCUGAACCCCUGUUUCAUCGACACGGUCGCCUCGGGGGUGAUCCUCCUCCAUGUCUUCGUGUGUGGAUGUAUACAGUGCUCGCUGUACAGGAAGUAUGCCACCAAACUUCCCGAGAAGAACCUGCCCGGUUCCUGCGGCUUCACUCUGCAGGUGAUGCUGACCUUCAUUCUAAUGCUGGAGGUUGUGAUACACGCGAUUCUGUUGGACACUUCCAUUCCGGAUCAGUCGGUGGCCGGGUACCAGCUGUUUACAGCUCUGUCCCUGCUCUACUGCUGGAUGACAUCCAUCCGACUGAUGUUCUACGAGAGGAGACAGAUGCUGCCGUCGAUUCCGACACGUGGACAUGGCCUGAUCUUACUGGUCUUCUGGAGUCUCGUUUUUAUCAAGGAAAACCUGCCUUUCAUAUCGUGGUGGAGUGACAGUUAUUGGUGGUCUUUGAAAGGGUAUUCAGACCACUUGGAGUUUGGCUUAUGGGUUGUACGGUACAGCUGUUCAGCAUUGCUUUUACUCCUGGGAUUUUUGGCGCCUGGUCUAAACAGAAACCUGUAUCAUUUACUGUCUGAUGUGGAAACUGGACCAACACCAGAGGUCGCUGUUAAUCAGUCCACGUGGCAGAACGUGCUGGGGAAACUGAAGUUGAUGAUUCCGUACGUGUGGCCCAAGGGGAGUUACUGGCGACAGGUUGUGGUGUUGGUCUGUCUGCUGAUUCUGGCCGCCGGGUGGGGGAUAAAUGUCCUGGUCCCGCUCUACAGCAAAUACAUCAUUAACAGUUUGACAGAUCAGCCUAACAAAGUGGGAGAUGACCUUGCAGAGCUGAAGGUCACUGGUCCAGAAUUCCGUUACGACUACAUUCUCAUAUACUGCCUCCUCAUCUUCCUUAAAGGAGGGGGAACAGGGACGACAGGGUUUUUGAAUAACGCCAGGACAUUUCUAUGGAUACCGGUACAACAGUACACAACCAGGAGAAUACAGGUCCGACUGUUCAGUCACCUACACAGAUUGUCACUGCGAUGGCAUCUACAAAGAAAAACGGGGGAAGUACUGAGAGUGAUGGAUAGAGGAACAAACAGCAUCAAUAGUCUUCUCAGUUAUGUGGUGUUUCAGAUCUUGCCGACGAUCGUGGACAUAAUUAUUGCUAUCGUCUAUUUUGUCACCGUCUUUAACUACAUAUUCGGACUGGUGGUCUUCCUCUGCAUGGCCCUAUAUCUAGCUGUCACUAUCUGGAUCACAGAAUGGAGGACCAAGUACCGACGACAAAUGAACAAGCUGGACAAUGACAAAAAUUCACGGGCUGUGGACUCUCUACUCAAUUUUGAAACGGUUAAAUAUUACGGAGCUUCAGAAUUCGAGACCUCCAGAUUUGACACAGCCAUAAAAGACUAUCAGGUUGCAGAAUGGAAAUCCACAGCCUCCUUGAACAUGCUAAAUUCCUUCCAGAACCUGGUCAUCACCAUGGGUACGAUCAGUGGCUCCCUCUUGUGUGCUUACGCAGUGGUGUAUUCCAUCAGCGACCUUCACCAGCUGACUGUGGGGGACUAUGUGUUGUUCGGGACGUACCUCAGUCAGUUGUAUGGACCUCUGAACUGGCUGGGGACGUACUAUAGAAUGAUCCAGCAAUCGUUUAUCGAUAUGGAGAACAUGUUUGAACUGUUGGAUGAAAAUCAGGAGAUAAAGGAUAUACCAGAGGCCAAGAAAAUUGAAGUUACCAAUGGUAAAAUAGAGUUCAAAAAUGUCAGCUUCCAUUAUGAGGAAAGGCAAAAGAUCCUGAAGGACGUGUCUUUUGUGGUGCCAGCCGGACAAACAUUUGCUUUGGUUGGACACUCUGGCAGUGGAAAGAGCACAAUCAUCAGGCUGUUGUUCAGAUUUUAUGACGUCGUCUCCGGCAGAAUUCUGAUUGAUGGACAAGACAUCUCUCUUGUUCAACAAGAAUCUCUGCGUCAACGAAUUGGUGUUGUGCCCCAGGAUACUGUGCUUUUUAAUGCUGACAUCCGCUACAAUAUCCGAUAUGGUGAUGUGGAUGCCAGUGAUACUCAGGUGGAAGAAGCUGCGGAUAAUGCGGAUAUCCACGAGAGAAUCUUGUCAUUCCCUAGUUCAUAUGACACUGUAGUUGGAGAGAGAGGACUGAAAUUAAGCGGAGGAGAAAAGCAGAGGGUGGCCAUCGCACGAACAAUUCUGAAGAACCCACAAAUUGUCCUGUUAGAUGAGGCUACAUCUGCACUGGAUACGAAGACAGAACGUAACAUUCAGGCCUCGUUGGAGAGGGUGUGCGAGAACCGGACGACGAUAAUCGUGGCACACAGACUGUCAACAAUUAUACAUGCUCAUCAAAUCCUAGUCAUGAAGGAGGGGGAGGUGGUUGAAAGGGGAACACACGAAGAGUUGCUGCAGUUAAAUGCUUUCUACGCUGACAUGUGGCACCAGCAGCUGACAAGGAAAGAAGAAGUUAACGAUGAGAAACUACAGGACGAAAAUGGAGGUCACCCUGCAGGAAGUAUAAACGCGGACGACGACGCGUCGUGACUCACUGGACGUGUUCUUUAGAGUUGUUUUAUUUUCGCUGUUAGCAGCAAGUCGAUUACACUCCUACAAUGGAGAAUACAUUGUAUAAUCAGUCCUCACGUAUAUAUACUUAGGUCAAAAAGUAGGAAAGAGUUUUACUAUUAUUAUUUUUGUUGGAUGAAGUUUUUAAAAGGUCUACAACUCCUUGGGAUACAUUUAUUUUAUGAUAGAUGAAAGAAUAUGCAUAAUACAUGUACAUGCUGAAAUAUUGUGUAAAUAUCACUCAAAACUAGGAUAUACAUAUACUUUUGGUCUUCUUAAAUUUACUUGUGUCAUCAACUUUUUGGGGAGGGGAGGGGAUUAAUUAUUGCUCAUUCUAUCUCAAACUGCAAUACUUUCACCACUUGAAAAUAAAUUACUCUAUAGUAGGUCAUAGAUUGUGUAGAUUUUCAAAUUCUUGUAUCAAAAUGUAGUGAAAUUUCAUAUUGUAUAAUGUUGUCUGGUAUAAUAUGUUAUUGUAUGAGGUACGGUGUAAUAUUGUAUUAUAUUGUAUGAUUGUCUCUCUAUUAUUACUUGCAUGAUUUCAAUGUGAUAUUUUGUUAUGAUUGUCUCUUUUACUUUGUAUAUACUUUUAUUUCAAUCAGAAAUUAUGUAAAUUAGAUCUGAUAUGAAGUUUGAAAAUAUCUUUCUGGUAACGGGCUUGUUAUAGGGGCAUUGGUUUGCAAAUUAAUCCGAGAUAUUGUGAUCUUUGAGGUAAUUAGUUUCCCCCAUACCUACGGUAGUUUUGGAACUUGUUGCUGGACAAUUUGUGCUAUGGGAGAAAUGUUUCUAUCAGUGUUAUUACUGGAAGAAGUUUUAAUCAAAUUAUCAUUGAUAAUCGAAUAUUCGGAUACGCCUAUUAUUCCAGGUGAUGUGGAACGUAAUAAUGAGCAAAGUUAUACAACAAGCUCGAUCCAGCGGCACGUGUUAUUUUUUCUAUACUUGUAAAUUUGGAAGGUUUUAAGUAACUCACAAAUUAUCAUUGAUAAUCGAAUAUUCGGCAGGUGAUGUGGAACGUAAUAAUGAGCAAAGUUAUACAACAAGCUCGAUCCAGCGGCACGUGUUAUUUUUUCUAUACUUGUAAAUUUGGAAGGUUUUAAGUAACUCACAAAUAUAGAUUCAUACAAUGCAGUAUAACUAUGUCUACAUUGUAUUUUCAUUAUCAAUAGUUAUAGAAAUCCAGUUUGACUUGGUUAUGUCAGAAUGUCAUGAAAAACAAUAUCAAAUCGUUUUGAUGCGUCCCACGAAAACAUCAGACGUGUCAUAGAUAUUCCGAUAUUUGUGACUGAGAAGGUAUGGGAACAUGUAGAAUUGUAUGUCAUUCUCUAAACAUAUAGGUCAAUGUCUGUGACGGUGUGUAACGUGUGGUUUGUUGUCUAUAUACAGGAAACGGCACGGAGAGACGCUAAUUAAGGCUUCUUACGUAUCUAAAGUUUCUGCCGAUUAGUAAUCAGAACACGAUACCAUGAAUUAAUUAUGAUUUUUUGAUUUAUCAUUGUAGAGAGAUGCAUGUAAAUAUAACAGGAAAUUCUGUUACACUGUCAUCAACGAGGACUUUGUUAAUCGUGCAGGUUUUUACGAUAAACCAGAGAUGUCCGGUCCUAUCGAUCCAGUAAUUUAUUUUAUACAUGAUAGGCAAAGAGUAUAAUUAUUUUUUAAUCGCCACAUCUGUUUAUUGUUUUAUUUACAAAGUAGAUGUAUUCUGUCAGUUGAGAUGGAAAUUUAAUUAUGUAUUAUUCUGUCAGCUGAGAUUGAAAUUUAGAUAUUUUAACUGAAGGACUUUAGCUUAAUUAGUUUAAAGACUUUUUAAUUUAACAAUUCAUUAGAAUUGUUUAUAGAGGGGAUCAAUAAUGCAGUCAGAAGACAAUGAAUUUGUUUUAACUUGUGAUAUUAAUUGUUGAAUUAUUGAUGUAUUCAAACUGAAAUUCGAUAUUUCAAGGCUUGAUGUAUUUGGAUAACUUAACACAUUGUCACAAAUUUUCAAACGAAAGUACGUUGUUGUGACAAAAAUAAAAUCCAAAAUGUA